AUGGAGAUGACGUGUGGCCGCGACGGGCUGGCUUCCGCAACAGCUGACGAACGGGAAGGCCAUCUGGCCCGAGACAAUCCAAUAUCACAGAAGUGUAGGCUGGAGUCACCUGGUAUGAUAGCAGAAGACUCGUCCGCUACCGAAGCGCAGAGGAUAAUUACAUACGAAGGGACGGUUGAUGACCUACCACCGCCUAACGCCAGUACCCCUAUCACCUACCUCUACUUGACGUUCGACACCCCGGUAGCCGGCCCGGACCUGGGGAAUCCACAAUUAGAUCGUGAGAACCUUCCGGCAUGUCCUGACCUCUCGCGAUACACGGAUCCGCUAAGCUGGCCUUGGGCGCGCAAAGGGGUUAUGGUGGCUAUAUCUUGCGUUGCAACCUGUUUCACUGCAUACGCGGCCGGCGCAUAUUCCGAAUCCGUAGAUUUGAUCGCUGCGGACCUCAAGACGACCCGCGAGGGCGCGUUGGUUGGUGUAACGACCUUCUGCCUUGGUUUCGCCAUCGCCCCCAUGGUCUUAGCUCCGUUUUCGGAAAUAAACGGCCGCUAUCCCGUCUUCGCCAUUGCCGGAAUUCUCUUCGUAGUUUUCCAGGCGGUAUGCGGAGUGGUUAGAAACUUAGCAGGUAUGCUGAUCGCUCGUUUUCUCAAGGGCGUCGGCGGAAGUGUGUUUAGCACUAUGGUGGGAGGCGUCAUUGCCGACAUGUACGAAAAGGAGGGCCGCAACACACCGAUGGCGCUAUUUAGCGGAGCUGUCCUCGUUGGUACCGGCCUUGGGCCUUUGGUGGCGGCUGUUAUGGUUCAAAGAUGGGGAAAGGAUGGAGAUAAAUGGAAAUGGAUAUUUUGGCAUCAGGUCAUUAUCGACUUUAUCUUGAUGGUCGCCGUGGUGGCUUUUUUUAAUGAGAGUCGUGGAUCGGUGCUUCUUUGUAGGAAAGCGAAGGUUUUGAACAUGUGGUAUACGAAGAUAGAGGAGAAGGGUGUUUUUGGAGUGUGUGUUGCCGAGUUAAAUAUAGAUCCUGGAGUUGUACCAAGAUCUACGAUGGCGUCCACAGAAAAACAUAUAUCACCACCUGGACUAAAAUAUCGAGCUAGGUUAAGGGGGGAUGUGCGCUUACAGAGGAUUAGAUGGAUCGUGAAAGAGGACGAACACAAAACAUCUAUCGCUACAAUGGUGACCGUGUCGUUGUUUAGGCCGUUCCUGCUACUCUUUACCGAACCGAUCGUUUUCUUCUUCUCGCUAUGGGUGUCUUUCGCAUGGGCUAUCCUAUACUUAACAUUCGGGUCCAUACCACUCGUAUUUCAACGGCAAUAUGGAUUCAAUGUCGAGCAGUCUGGUUACGUGUUCACGGCGAUGAUCAUAGGCUCCAUAUUCUCGACGAUUAUCGGUAUAUGUCAAGAAAGCAUGCUUAAGCAUCCAAGGUGGCAGUCUAGAUCGGACAACUCUGACGUGGAAAGCUCAGAAAACAGCUCGGAGAAUUUGGAAGAAAACGCGGGAAGAACCGGAUUUUGGGUCUUCGCGAGGAGGAGAUUCCCGGUCGAAUCCCCAGAAUCACGACUGUAUUUCGCCUGCUUCACUUCAGUGCUGCUUCCGGCGGGCCUCUUCCUAUUUGGGUUUGCGGCUCAGCCGUCGAUUCAUUGGAUGGUCCCCGCCUUUGCGAUAUUCCUGGCCACGAUGGGUAUAUUCUACGUUUAUUUAGCUACGUUCAACUACCUCGCGGAUAUAUACCAAACAUACGCGUCUUCAGCGUUAGCAGCACAGUCGUUUUGCCGUAACGUGCUUGGCGGCGCGUUCCCUCUCGUCACGGCACCGUUGAUCCGAAAUCUAGGUGAAGACGCAACGGGUGGGCUGUUGGGGGGGAUUGCUACGGUGUUAACUGUUGUCCCGUGGGUGCUGGUUUUGUUCGGAGAAAAGAUCCGAGGAAGAAGUUCGUUUGCUAUUGCGCUUGAGCGCAAAUGA